AGUAGGAGAGUAGAUCGGUACAAUGUUCAGGAGUUGACCUCCGUAUAUCAUCUUCUUCUUCCUCUUGUUGGUCAUCAGCAGUAGCGAUAGAAUUGACCGUCUUCCUCCACCUGCUACGUGCUUCCCUUCUUUUGUGUUAGAUCUAUCAAUCAUUGUUUUCUAUAAGUUUUGGAUGCGAAAAAGGAAACAAGGAGGAUUGGAUGAGGAAAGCUUUGUUGAGCUGAGGGCUGGGGAUUGUGAUUGUUUGAUGGGCAAUACAUGCCGUGGAUCUUUCGGAGGCAAAACUUUUGCUCAGUCCCCCCAAGACCAUUCCAAGCGCACCAAUCUGGAUUCUGAUUCUCCCUCUCCCACCCCCACCCCCACCUCCCAAAAAGAACAGUCACAACCACAACCUCCUCCUAAUAAUUUACCUCUCAGAAAAGAGAUGAAUCGCACAGGCGCCAACCAGUCCUAUUACGUGCUGGGUCAUAAGACCCCUAACAUCCGCGAUCUCUAUACCCUGGGUCGUAAACUAGGACAAGGCCAGUUUGGCACCACUUACUUAUGCACCGAGUUGUCAUCGGGGAUCGAGUACGCCUGUAAAUCUAUUGCCAAGAGAAAACUCAUCUCGAAGGAGGACGUUGAAGAUGUGAGGAGGGAAAUUCAGAUAAUGCACCAUUUGGCAGGUCACAAGAACAUCGUUUCCAUCAAGGGUGCUUAUGAGGAUCCUUUGUAUGUUCAUAUUGUCAUGGAGCUUUGUAGUGGCGGUGAAUUGUUUGACCGCAUCAUUCAAAGAGGUCACUACACGGAGAAAAAUGCUGCAGAAUUGACUAAAAUCAUUGUAGGUGUUGUGGAGGCUUGCCAUUCCCUUGGAGUUAUGCAUAGAGAUCUCAAACCUGAGAAUUUCUUGUUGGUUAACAAGGAUGAUGAUUUCUCUCUCAAGGCCAUUGACUUUGGACUCUCUGUCUUCUUUAAACCAGGCCAGAUUUUCACGGAUGUGGUCGGGAGUCCAUAUUAUGUUGCUCCUGAGGUGCUUUUGAAGCAUUAUGGUCCUGAAGCAGAUGUUUGGACAGCAGGGGUCAUACUCUACAUCCUGCUUAGUGGUGUUCCACCAUUUUGGGCCGAAACACAACAGGGGAUAUUUGAUGCAGUUCUGAAAGGGCACAUUGAUUUUGAGUCAGACCCUUGGCCCUUAAUAUCUGAGAGUGCAAAAGAUCUCAUCCGGAAGAUGUUAUGCAUGCGGCCUUCAGAGCGGCUAACUGCUCAUGAAGUAUUAUGUUCAUACAGAAAAUAUUACUGUUUUCAGGCUGAUGUCGACAACAGUGGAACUAUAGACUAUGGAGAAUUCAUAGCAGCAACUAUUCACCUUAACAAAUUGGACCGCGAAGAACAUCUCAUGGCAGCAUUUCAGUAUUUUGACAAGGAUGCAAGUGGUUAUAUUACAGUUGAUGAGCUCCAGCAAGCGUGUGCAGAUCAUAACAUUACAGAUGUCUUCUUUGAGGAUAUUAUCAGAGAAGUUGAUCAGGAUAAUGAUGGGCGCAUUGAUUACGGAGAAUUUGUUGCUAUGAUGCAAAAAGGAAAUCCAUGUAUUGGAAGACGAACAAUGCGAAAUAGUCUGAAUUUUAGCAUGAGAGAUGCACCUGGAGCUCAUUAGCUUUUUGAAUGGACACAUAAUUUAGGUUUUGCAGAAAAUAGAACAAAGGCAACGAAACUGCCAUGAUAACACGUCUCCUACCCAGUUCUGACAGUGGCAUGCCAUGUUCUCAAGUUGGAGUAGAAGAGGAUGACUGAAAGAGCUUGUAGAUUGCUAUCAUCUUGCUGUGUGCCUCGACAAAAUGUUGAAAUCUCUGUAGUCAAGUGCGGAAUCGUUUCAGCUACUUGAUGUGUUCAAAUUUAUUUAGUGUUCUUUAGUUGAGGCUUCAUGCUUGCUUCUAUUAGAAGGUGGUUUACCUUCAGAUGUAUCCUUCUCAAAUCAGUUCUCAUUUCUUAUUUACAUAAUUAUGUAUUUCAUCCAUGAGUUUUUCUCUAUUGCUAGAUUAUCUUCAUUGUCUUUGAGGAAAACAUCCGAUUUGGUGUACAAUUUUACAUAAGCUAUAUUUGCAGGACAUGGUUAGUCAUUUGUGUA